UAAUCUACUAACGAGUUUGCAACAACUCCGAGCAACGAUAUAUAAUGGCAACCAAGAAAUCUUCAUCUCUUUUAUUAUUUUCAUUUAUGGUGUUUGCUCUCUGCCUUAUGCCAAUGAUUUCAGGACAAAUGAUACCAUGUCUACCUGGAGAAUGUACAAAAGCAGCAGCAUGCGAUGUAGCUUGCAAAUCUAAAGGAUACAAAGGAGGGGCUUGUAUAAUGAUGAGUUUUGGCGCAAAGACUGGUGCUUGUUGCUGCAAAGCUAACUUUGAAUCUCAGGAUUUUUCCAAAUCUGAUGAUACCAAUGUCCGCAUUACUAAUUAA